UCCUGCCACAAACCGCACUUCAACCCAAAAAAAUGAGCGGGAAUUUCGUUUCCUAACAACAAAAGCUUCAAUCUUGAUCUUCUUCCCCUCAAAUCACUUCACAAACAAAACCCACCUUCAAAGUGAACAAUGCCUGUACCUUGAUCAUUAACAACCCAUGACCUCCCUCCAAACCCUACUCAAAACCCUCUUCAAAAACCCCAGCACCAUCAAAACCCCAUCCCAGGCCAAACAGCUCCACGCCCAAAUCCUCAAAACCAAACCCCCUUCACCUCCCGACCUCUCCUUCCUCGUCUCUCUUUACUCCAACCUCAACCUCCUACACCACACCCUCACUCUCUUCAACACUCUCCACUUCCCUCCCUCCACCAUUGCCUGGAAGUCCAUCAUCAGAUGCUACGCUUCCCAUGGCCUCUGGCACCAUUCCUUGGCCUCAUUUGUGGAGAUGAGGACUUUUGGCGUGUGCCCAGAUCGCCAUGUUUUCCCUUCUGUGCUCAAAUCGUGCGCAUCGGUUAGGGACUUGAGGUUAGGUGAGUCCGUUCAUGGGUGCAUUGUUCGGAGCGGUAUGGAGUUUGAUUUGUAUACGUGUAAUGCGCUCAUGAAUAUGUACGCCAAGUUGGAGAUUUUGGGUGCACACCAAGUGCUCGAUGAAAGUCGCGACCGAAAUCUAGAGGGUACUUUCGGGAGACAUUUGGUUGGUUCUGUGGGACUUGACGGUGGUGGUGAGAGCAUUGAUAGAUUGUUUAAGCAAAAGGAAGGCGAAAGAGUUAUUGAAAUGGACAGUGUGAGGAAGGUCUUCGACGUGAUGCCAGAACGAGAUAUUGUGUCCUGGAAUACAGUGAUUGCAGGGGAUGCGCAGAAUGGGAUGUAUGAACAGGCUUUAGCGAGGGUCAGGGAGAUGGGGAGUGCCAACUUGAAGCCUGAUUCUUUUACUUUGUCUAGCGUGCUUCCGGUUUUUGCAGAAUAUGUAGAUGUUGUUAAGGGAAAGGAGAUCCAUGCGUAUGCCAUAAGACAUGGAUUUGAUGCAGAUGUGUUCAUUGGCAGUAGCUUGAUCGACAUGUAUGCAAACUGUACUCGUAUGGAGGACUCGCUAAAGGUGUUCAACCUGCUACGUCGGCGCGAUUCCAUUUCAUGGAACUCGAUUAUUGGAGGGUGUGUGCAGAAUGGUAUGUUUGAUGAAGGACUUGUGUUCUUUCGGUGUAUGUUGACGGCUAAAACUAAGCCAACAGAUGUCUCCUUUUCAAGUAUCAUUCCAGCUUGUGCCCACUUGACAACACUACAUCUGGGGAAGCAGCUCCAUGGAUACAUAAUACGGGGCGGAUUUGAGGAUAAUGUCUACAUAGCAAGCUCACUAGUGGACAUGUAUGCAAAAUGUGGUAACAUUAAGAUGGCGAGGUGGAUUUUUGACAAAAUGGAGCAACAUGAUAUGGUGUCAUGGACAGCCAUGACUAUGGGAUAUGCAUUGCAUGGUCAUGCCCAUGACGCCAUUUCCUUGUUUGAGAAGAUGAAAGGAGAGGCAGUAAAGCCUACUUAUGUUGCUUUCAUGGCUGUAUUGACUGCGUGUAGCCAUGCUGGAUUGGUAGACGAAGCUUGGAAGUAUUAUAAUAGUAUGACCAAAAAAUAUAGGAUUGCUCCAGGUAUAGAGCACUAUGCUGCUGUUGCAGACCUUCUUGGUCGAGCUGGAAGGUUGGACGAAGCUUAUCGCUUUAUCUCUAGCAUGCAUAUAGAACCAACAGGAAGUGUAUGGUCAACAUUGUUGGCUGCUUGUAGAGUUCACAAGAAUGUUGAAUUGGCUGAAAAGGUUGCUGAAAAAAUAUUUGCUGUUGAUCCCGAGAACGUUGGAGCUUAUGUGCUACUGUCAAACAUAUAUUCUGCUGCUAAGAAAUGGAAAGAAGCGGCAGAAAUGAGAGUCUCGAUGAGAGAUAAGGGCAUGAAAAAAAAGCCAGCCUGCAGCUGGAUUGAAGUUAAAAACAAGGUUCAUGCUUUUGUAGCGGGAGAUGAAUCCCACCCAUAUUAUGAUGAGAUAACCAAGGCUCUGGAAGUUCUCUUGGAGCAGAUGGAGCGAGAAGGGUAUGUGCCGAACACAAAUGAGGUGCUCCAAGAUGUUGAAGAGGAGCAAAAGAAGUACCUGUUGUGUCACCACAGUGAGAGGCUUGCCAUAGCAUUUGGCAUCAUUAGCACUCCUGCUGGGACAACAAUUCGAGUAACAAAGAACCUUCGGGUAUGUGUGGAUUGCCACACAGCAACGAAACUUAUAUCCAAGAUAGUCGGAAGAGAGAUAAUUGUCAGAGAUAAUAGCCGGUUUCACCAUUUCAGGGGUGGGGAGUGUUCAUGUCGAGACUAUUGGUGAGAGAACCUAAUAAGAUGAUCAUACCAACCUAUUUAAGCCCAGCAUUGUGCUGUUCAUGUCUUGAAGUUUAUAGACCUGACCAGCUUUAUACUUCUCUAUAGUUUCAUCACAUUUCGUAUGAAGACAUGGCAAUCAUACCAAAUCAGUU